GAGGGCAGCAAUGCACCUAGUAGCCGCUAAACUGUCAUAAUCCUACCAGAAGAAGAAGAGGAAACUGACAGUCCGCCAUGCUCACCCUGCUGCACCACUGUGGUCGCAACUUGCUGACAUUCAGCACGAUUCAGGCAGUGAAUAAAAGUUACUACACGACACAGAUGGGUAAACGAGUGGCUGUGGUGUUGGCGGGCUGCGGAGUUUAUGACGGCAGUGAGAUCCACGAAGCCUCCGCUGUCCUGGUCCACCUCAGCAGAGGAGGUGCAAGUGUAAACAUGUUUGCUCCCAACAUUGACCAGAUGCAUGUGGUGAAUCACCUGAAAGGCGAACCAUCUGAGGAGAAGAGAAACGUGUUGGUGGAGAGCGCCAGGCUGGCCCGUGGAAACAUCCAGGACCUGUCUAAACUCAGUGUCGCAGACCACGAUGCUGUCAUAUUCCCAGGUGGUUUCGGGGCAGCGAAGAACCUGUGUACAUGGGCAGUGCAGGGGAAGGACUGCUCUGUUAACGCUGAGGUCAAGGCCGCGCUGCAGGCGUUCCACGGCGCGGGCAAACCCAUCGGCCUCUGCUGCAUCUCACCUGUGCUGGCUGCCAAGGUGUUCCCUGGCUGUGAGGUCACUGUCGGUGUGGAGAAGGAUGACAAGUACCCGGACACUACUGACACCGCGGCAGCCAUCAACCAGCUGGGGUGCAAGCACGUGAGUAAAAGUGUCAGCGAGAGCCUCGUGGACGACAAGAACAAGCUGGUUACCACCUGUGCCUUCAUGUGCAACGCGCCGAUCCACGAGAUAUUUGAUGGAAUUGGAACGAUGGUGAAGGAUGUGCUGAAGCUUGCCUGAUUCUAUUAAUACUGAAAAGGCGCUGGAAACAGAAAGCAAAAAAAAAAAAAAGCGUUUUAGGCAGUAGAUCAUUGCUAAACCAAUGUGUUACACCUUGAUCAGAAGCACUUCCAGAUACAAAAUAUACAUAUUUGCAGUAGUUAUGUUAGACAACAUGGUCUGAUUUUACAGGUUUAUCUAUUAUUUUGCAAUAAUCUCAGUUUAACUCAAUCUUACUAGAUUAUAUUGUGAUGCAGUGGAUCAGUCUCAUGAUUUCAAUGUUGAUGUAAAUGUGGAAAAUAAACAAGUAUGAUAUUGUACAGAGAAACUGCAAUAAAAUAAAAAAACUUCA